AUGCCGUUAAAAUUAACAGAUUUACCAAUAGAGAUUUUAUAUUUAAUAAUUUUUUCUGUUGAUAAUGCUAAAGAUCUACGCCACUUAUCAUCGGUAAAUCGUUUAUUUAAAGCUUUAUCAGGACCACAUACGAUCACUGCGCAUCUAUGGUUUAAGAGAUAUAGUCGUGAUAUACCAGCAGAAGAUCUUUUGAAAGUUGCAAAUGAAUGGAAAUUCCCAUUGGAGACAGAGUAUGCAAAAAGUCUUAUUACCAUCAAUGCUCCACUCGAACCACCAGGUUUGUCAGCAGAUCCACCAGGUCCAAAAAGAGCUUUACGUCGUCAAAAACGAGUUUUACACAUAGUGGAAAGAUUUAGUUUAUUUCUACAUAACAUGUUGGCCGUCAAUUAUUAUUAUAGUCAUGAUUGGGACAAAUUACAAAAAGUGGCAGAUGAUGUCGAGCAGUAUCUUGAGGAUUUGGGUUGGGUACAGUUUUAUCGUGGCCAGAUGGAUCGAGGAAUCGAUUCAAUAAUGGUGUCAACCGUUCAAGCUGAUCAAGAAUUUGAAGCAAUAGCGUUUGAAGAUUUUACUAGAAAAUUAAGAACUGAUAUAGCGGCUCCACCUUCUAAAUGGCAGCUUGCUGAAUAUUUAUCAGUGGUACUAUUUGGCAACAUUUAG